AUGGACAACACUUCACAGGACAACGGCCUCAACGACACAACCAGCAACUACACUGACAUCAGCAACUACACUUACAUCAGCAACUACUUCAACUACAGCAACUACUUCAACUUCCCUGACUACAGCUCCGACUACUUCAACUUCUUCAACUACACCUACUACGACGACAACAGCAACAACAAUGACUACUACAACAACAGCAACAACACUGACUACUACGACUACAGCAACAACACUGACAACUAUCACUACUUUAAAUAUUCUUCCUUCUUUGGCGGUCCCAGUGUUGAUGAAGUUGGAUUCAUCCAGUUUGUGGUGACAUGUCUAGUCAUUUGUCUCGGCCUUCCUUUGACCCUCGGGGCCAUCUAUGGUCUUUUCUCUCUGGUGAGAAAUGGUGAAGUUGCUCCGAUCUACGUCAUCAACCUUCUCAUCUCUGACAUCAUUCAGUUCUGCUGCAUGAUCGCUGAGGUGGCACAGCCUAAGGACAUGUACUUGUUCCAUUCUGACUACUGGGAGAUAUUUCGGGUCUUUUACUGUAUUUACAUCUACAGUCUGAUGGCCAGUAUUGGCUUCAUGGUGUGCAUCGCUCUGGAAAGGUAUUUGGUCAUCGUCCACCCACUGUGGUACCGCUUCAGACGAACCAUCAAGUCCUCUGUGCUGGUCUGUGUCCUGGUCUGGAUCCUUCCUGUUGUCCCUGUCCUCACUGAGUUUUAUAUUUACAGUGUCUACAUAGUCAUUUCCACCAUCUUUUACCUCCUUCCUCUCCCGCUGAUCUUAUUCUUCCUGAUUGCGACCCUCAAAGCCCUGUAUGCUUCCAUCUCGGUCCCGACUGACGAAAAACGACGAAUUGCAGGAAUGUUGAUCCUGGUGCUGCUGAUUUACAUGCUGCUGUUUCUGCCAGCCAUACUUAUGAGUGUGUCCUGGUACGCUUUAAUUACCAACCCAAAUGCAGACAACAACCCACAUCUUGACCUUCUCCAUGAACUGGUUCCUGUGUUUGUUAAGUUGAGUCCUCUGGCAGACUUAGUUCUGUAUAUGUUGAUGAGGAAAGGGACCAUACGCCAGCUUUCAGACUGUUUGUGUCGCUGCAGAACAGACAGCAAUGAAAUCAGCUCUGUAACUGUGAACAUGUCUGGAGAGAGAGAUGGAGAGAGAGAAGGGGAGAAAGAUGAAGAGUGCUGGAAAGAGAGAGAUCGGGAAAGAGAUGGAGAGAAUGAAGCAAAAUUACACUCUCCAUUAAAAAGACAGCAACAGACCCUCAUGCAGCAGAACCCAGUCAACUGA